CCGCCACUUGAGCUCCGACACCGGCGAAAGAUGCUGACGAAGUUGAAGAAAAUCUGCCCAUUUUCACCUACGGCCUUGAAAUUCCGAAAUCUCGCGUCGAAAUCCACGAGCUCCCCGAAGGAUAAAGUCGAUUGUUUGGUGAUCGGAGCCGGUGUGGUGGGGAUAGCAAUCGCUAGGGCGCUCGCCCUAAAGGGAAGAGAAGUUCUGGUCGUCGAUUCAGCUUCGACCUUCGGCACCUCCACGAGUUCACGCAACAGCCAGGUCAUACACGCUGGCAUCUACUACCCGCGGAGCUCGCUCAAGGCGGCGCUAUGCGUCGAAGGGAGGAAGCUGAUGUACGGUUACUGCUCGGAGCGAGGGAUUCCUCACGAGAGGGUAGGGAAGCUGAUCGUCGCCGCCGGGGAGGCCGGGGUUUCGACGCUGUCGAAUCUGAUGAACCGCGGGGUUGAAAAUGGUGUCGAGGGUUUGAGGAUGCUGGAUCGUUGUGAAGCUGUGGAGAUGGAGCCUGAAUUGAAUUGCGUCAAGGCUUUGCUCUCCCCUUGUUCUGGGAUUGUCGAUUGUCACUCUCUCAUGCUGUCUUUACUGGGAGAUGCUGAGAACCAUGGAGCAACUUUUUCUUACAACUCCACUGUCAUUGGAGGGCACGUUGAAGGAGAUUCUUUGAACUUGGAAGUUGUUGGAAGCCAAGAGCUUGAGAACAGGGAUGGCAAUUCUUUGCUGAACCUGGAAUUCGUGCUCGUGCCUAAUCUUGUGGUGAACUCUGCUGGAUUGAGUGCUGUAGCUCUUGCAAGGAAAUUCAAUGGCCUGAGUGGCAGCGUGAUUCCCAAACCGCAUUUCGCUCGUGGACUCUACUUCACCCUGUCGAAUACUAGAGAGCCGCCUUUCAAGCAUUUGAUAUACCCUACUCCUGAGGAUGGUGGUUUGGGGGUGCAUGUUACGCUGGAUUUGGAUGGUCAGGUUAAGUUUGGCCCUAAUGUGGAAUGGAUCUCUGGGGUAGAUGAUGUUUCCAGCUUUCUAGACAAGUAUGAUUAUACUGUAGAUGCGAGUCAAGCAGAGGGAUUUUACCCUGCGAUAAGGAAGUACUAUCCAAAUCUGAAGGAUGGUUCACUCGAGCCAGGUUAUUCAGGGAUCAGACCGAAAGUUACUGGUCCUGGACAAUCUGCUGGCGACUUUGUAAUACAGGGAGAGGAGAGCCAUGGAGUGCCUGGACUUGUCAACCUCUUUGGAAUCGAGUCACCUGGCUUGACUUCAUGCAUGGCCAUUGCUGAAUACGUUGCCAACAGGUUUUCGAAGUAAGAAAGAAGAGCAAUGCCGCUGCCUCCUUAAGCUGCCAUUUUGCUGAAUUUGGAAGUCUUGUAAGAUUUUGCAUAUUUCAAUUUCCAUUUGCCGCUCCACAAUCUGGUGUUGUUUUUGGAUUAUGUUCCAAUGUAUUAUUGUUAUAAAUGUACCAUUGUCUU